GCUCGCUUUGCGUGACCGCGGCAGGUUGGUCCUGGAACAGAUGAGCGCAGAAUAUUUAGGCGAAGGCGAGAGGCGGGGGGGCGCGCGGGGCAGGAGGAGUACUUCGGCCAAGAAAAUUAUGCAUGCGUUAGGGAAGCUCUGAGAGAAUGGCUGUGGAAGCUCUCCACUGCGGUUUGAAUCCACGGGGUAUUGAUCACCCUGCCUGUGCUGAAGGUAUUAAACUGCAAAUUGAAGGUGAAGGUGUGGAAUCUCAAUCCAUUAAAAACAAAAAUUUCCAGAAGGUGCCUGACUCGAAAGGAACCCCCAAGAGACUGCAAGCAGAAGCAGACACGGCGAAGUCAGCUACGGUGAAGCUGUCAAAGCCGGUGGCUCUGUGGACCCAGCAGGAUGUCUGCAAAUGGUUGAAGAAACACUGUCCAAAUCAGUAUCAGAUCUACAGUGAGUCAUUCAAACAGCAUGACAUAACUGGGAGAGCCCUUCUGAGACUCACUGACAAAAAGCUUGAGCGAAUGGGGAUUGGCCAGGAGAACCUCCGGCAGCACAUCUUACAGCAGGUGCUCCAGCUGAAGGUGCGAGAAGAAGUCAGAAACCUACAGUUACUCACACAAGAAUCUCUUUUAUUGCCUAUGUUCUUUCUGUAUUGACUGAAGUCAUAAAGACAAUGCCUCAGCCGAGGGUUCUCCAUAAAUACGGUUAGCCUUCCACGCUGCUGUCCUGCCAGUUGAUCUGAAUACGACCUGUUCCUCCUUGAAAGACUUACUCAUGGCACUGCCAGAAGAUAUCCUUGGAGCACUGACAGAUUAACUGGAUUAACUGAAAAAAAAUUCCGUCAAGAUUAUGGGCUUUGGAAAAAAAAAUCCAAGUUUGCUGUGGAUUUUAAAAUGAGGUGCAUAGCAUACAGUGACAACGCGUUCCAAGUGGUCAUUGGCAGAUCAUUAGCUGGGAAAUUGCUUCCAGUUCUCAUCACUGUGCAUAACUCAAGUUCCCUUUGGGGAGCUGCCUGUCCCUUCACUAGAAGUCCUGUUUUAGCAUGGCAACUACUGGAUUAUUUUAUUAUGUGUGCAGAUGGCAUGAUGUUCUAGAAAAAAAUUACAGCAGUUCUGCAGUUGCAGUGAAAGUGUUUGCAAUUAUACGCCCUGGUAGGAAUGUAAACAUGUCUUCGUGAUGUUAGCUAUGAUGUCCAAAUGUCUUCUGUCUGAGUCUCAAGCACUUUACAUGGGCACACGACACCAAGAUGAGAUAGCACGUUCGGUACACGUAAGAAAACAAGUAUUCUUCCUUUUCUAAUCUUGUCUUAUUUAUGGCUCAGACUGUCCCCAUUGCUAGCAUAUCCCAAGUUGUUUAUGAUAAAUUGGUGUAUAUAUGGCCAUAACACUGUUAGACAUAAUCUCUUGGCACUUUACUGAAUAAAUGGAUUAUUUGUAGCACUAGAGAAAGGUGGAUGAGACCCUGGUAAUUAUAAUACCUUAGGUUUUAUCUCCUUGGGGACCUAGGCACAACUUGCCACCUGCACAUAUAGUUUCUUCAGUCCAGGAGGCUUCUAUGUGGCCAGUGAACAUUUUUCCUCAUUCUAAAGAGGAUUUCAUUCAGAGAGAAAAAUGGAGCGGCUGUCUCUUCAGCAAAGACACCAAUGAGUUGAUGGUACAGGCUAAAGAAUGUUCCUUUCCUAUAUAGUAUCACUUUAACACUUUGAAAAAAUUUCUAGGUCAAGUUCAAAUCACAAUUCUCUGAAUAAAAGCUGAAAAAAAUCAAAUGACUUCACUGGAUGCCUGGAGGAGCAAAGGGUUCAACAUCACACUGGGUUCAUUCCUCAGUAUGAAACCUGCUAGUCCCUUUUCAUCCGUUCUGGGUCUGUUCCCAUGGUUAAUUAUUUUUUUUUUACUAUGUUUUACAACAAAGCACAGUUCUGGAAAACCUGUAAACUCAGAUAUUGUUGCUCAUCUAGGAGCAUGAGAGCAAUGUUCAUCUUGACUGGCCCUAUGUAGGCUUUAUUUUUGCUUUUGUUAUUUUGGGUUUUUAAAGCCAUUUUUGUUAAAUUCGGCUGAAUUAAAAGCUAAGUCAUGUAAUGUUCUAAGACAGGUGGACAUCAGAGGAAUUAAAAAUUAAUCUAUGUACUGCCUUCUAGAACCCUCCAAACACAAGCCAGCUUGACAUUUAAAGGUGUCUCCGCCGUGCACCCGUUGCCUGCCUCCUCUCAGGAGCUCAGGAAAUGCUGAAGUUUGAGAAACCAGCCCCACCUGAGGUUUGGAAAGCUGACAGGGAAGGGGUGAGAGCUCCCAAUGUGACAGGAAUGAGUCCCCAGUAGGAUGAUUCACCACCAGCCUGUCGGGCUGCAAGAGCAGAGUAGGGGCCUUCCGAGGAGGAAGCAGGGGAAGUUUCCGUCACCCCUGAAUUCCGGCCUUUCAGGAGGUCAGCUCCACAACUAUCAGGCCCUCGGCAGAACAAACCUCUCUCCAAAGCCAGAGUUCAGAGGCCCAACCCCGGCUGCCUUCGUCCGUGGCCAUACCAUCCCGGUCUCCACUGCCCUUCGCAGGAG